AUGCUGUGGGUGUCUGUGAGCUCUCAAGUCACACCGCGCUAUCCUCCUAUCCUCUCCACCGAAGCAGUCUGUAAGUUUGGAGAGGCCGGGCAAGAAGCGGGCUUCCUGCUUUGUAAAGUUUACAGUGGGGCGGAGUCCAAACCCUCUCUAUGCUCUGUGCUGGGACAGUGGACCAGCAAUACGCGGGCUUCCCGCUCUGGAAAGCUUGCAGCGGGGUGGAGUGCAAACCCUCUCUGUGCUCUGGGCAGAGACAGUGGACAGUUUGAUGAUGUGCAUGUGAAAUUCACUGAGGAGGAGUGGAAUUUGCUGGAUCCUUCCCAGAAGAGACUCUACAAAAAUGUGAUGUUGGAAACCUACCUGAACCUCAAAGCUAUAGGCUAUAAUUGCGAAGAGCAUCAUCUUGAAGAACAUUGUCAAAAUAAUAGAAGUCAUGAGAGGCAUGUAAGAAAAUAUACUGGAAUGAAACUCUAUGAGUGUAAUAUAUGUGGUAAAGCUUUUACAAGAUGCAGUAAUCUCCAAUAUCAUAAAAUAACACAUACCGGAGAGAAACCUCAUGAAUGUAAUCAAUGUGGUAAAGCCUUUGCAAGACCCAGUCAUCUCCAAAGACAUAAAAUGACACAUACUGGAGAGAAACCUUAUAAAUGCGAUCAAUGUGGUAAAGCCUUUGCACAGCGUAUUAAUUUUCAAUAUCAUAAAAGAACACAUACUGGAGAGAAUCCUUAUGUAUGCAAUCAAUGUGGGAAAGCCUUUGCAUGUCACAGUACUUUCCAAUAUCAUAAAGUAACACAUACUGGAGAGAAAUCUUAUGAAUGUAAUCAAUGUGGUAAAGCCUUUGCAUAUCACAGUAGUCUCCAAAGACAUAAAAGAACACAUACAGGAGAGAAACCAUAUGAAUGUAAUCAAUGUGGUAAAGCCUUUGCACAGCACAGUCAUCUCCAAAGACAUAAAAGAACACAUACUGGAGAGAAAUCUUAUGAAUGUAAUCAAUGUGGUAAAGCCUUUGCACAGCGCAGUAAUCUCCAAUAUCAUAAAAGAACACAUACUGGAGAGAAACCUUAUGAAUGCAAUCAAUGUGGUAAAGCCUUUACAAGACCCACUCUUCUCCAAUCAAGUCAUCUUCAAUAUCAUAAAAUAGCACAUACUGGAGAGAAACCUCAUGAAUGUAAUCAAUGUGGUAAAGCCUUUACAAGAUCCAGUCAUCUCCAAACACAUAAAAUGACACAUACAGGAGAGAAACCGUAUGAAUGUGAUCAAUGUGGUAAAGCCUUUGCACAGCGCAGUAAUUUUCAAUAUCAUAAAAGAACACAUACUGGAGAGAAACCUCAUGAAUGUAAUCAAUGUGGUAAAGUCUUUGCAUAUCACAGUCAUCUCCAAAUACAUAAAAGAACACACACGGGAGAGAAACCUUAUGAGUGCAAUCAAUGUGGUAAAGCCUUUGCACAGCACAGGUAUCUCCAAAUUCAUAAAAGAACACAUACUGGAGAGAAUCCUUAUGUAUGCAAUCAAUGUGGGAAAGCCUUUGCAUGUCACAGUACUUUCCAAUAUCAUAAAGUAACACACACUGGAGAGAAACCUUAUGAAUGUAAUCAAUGUGGUAAAGUCUUUGCAUAUCACAGUCAUCUCCAAAUACAUAAAAGAACACACACGGGAGAGAAACCUUAUGAAUGUAAUCAAUGUAGUAAAGCCUUUGCACAGCACAGGUAUCUCCAAAUUCAUAAAAGAACACAUACUGGAGAGAAACCUUAUGAAUGUAAUCAAUGUGGUAAAGCCUUUGCACAGCACAGUAAUCUCCAAAUUCAUAAAAGAACACAUACUGGAGAGAAACCUUAUGAAUGCAAUCAAUGUGGUAAAGCCUUUGCACAGCACAGUCAUCUCCAAAUUCAUAAAAGAACACAUACUGGAGAGAAACCUUAUGAAUGUAAUCAAUGUGGUAAAGCCUUUGCAAGACCCAGUGAUAUCCAAAGACAUAAAACAACACAUACUGGAGAGAAACCUUAUGAAUGUAAUCAAUAUGGAAGAGAAACCGCAAAAGACACAUGUCUUGUGCUUGUGACUUUUGAUGAUGUGCAUAUGAAAUUCACUGAGGAGGAGUGGAAUUUGCUGAAUCUUUCCCAGAAGAGUCUCUACAAAAAUGUGAUGUUGGAAACCUACCUGAACCUCAAAGCUAUAGGCUAUAAUUGGGAAGAGCAUCAUCUUGAAGAACAUUUUCAAAAUAAUAGAAGUCAUGAAAGAAAUCUCCAAUAUCAUAAAUCAACACAUACUGGAGAGAAACCUCAUGAAUGUAAUCAAUGUGGUAAAGCCUUUGCAAGACCCAGUCAUCUCCAAACACAUAAAAUGACACAUACAGGAGAGAAACCUUAUGAAUGUGAUCAAUGUGGUAAAGCCUUUGCACAGCGCAGUCAUCUCCAAAUUCAUAAAAGAACACAUACUGGAGAGAAACCUUAUGUAUGCAAUCCAUGUGGUAAAGCCUUUGCACAGCACAGUAAUUUUCAAUAUCAUAAAAGAACACAUACUGGAGAGAAACCUUAUGAAUGUAAUCAAUGUGGUAAAGCCUUUGCACAGCACAUUUAUCUCCAAAUUCAUAAAAGAACACAUACUGGGGAGAAACCUUAUGAAUGUAAGCAAUGUGGUAAAGCCUUUGCACAGCACAGUGCUCUCCAAAGACAUAAAAGAACACAUACUGGAGAGAAACCUUAUGAGUGCCAUCAAUGUGGUAAUGCAUUUGCACAGCGCAGUAAUCUCCAAUAUCAUAAAAGAACACAUACUGGAGAGAAACCUUAUGAAUGUAAACAAUGUGGUAAAGCCUUUACAAGACCCAGUUAUCUCCAUCAUCUCCAAUAUCAUAAAAGAGCACAUACUGGAGAGAAACCAUAUGAAUGUAAUCAAUGUGGUAAAGUCUUUGCAAGACCCAGUCAUCUCCAAUAUCAUAAAAGAACACAUACUGGAGAGAAACCUUAUGAAUGUAAUCAAUGUGGUAAAGCCUUUGCAAGACCCAGUUAUUUCCAGUAUCAUAAAAGAACACAUACUGGAGAGAAACCUUAUGAAUGUAAUCAAUGUGGUAAAGCAUUUGCAUGUCAGAGUAAUCUCCAAAGACAUAAAAAAACACAUACUGGAGAGAAACGUUAUGAAUGUUAUCAAUGUGGUAAAGCCUUUGUACGUCACAGUCAUCUCCAAAAUCAUAAAAGAACACAUACUGGAGAGAAACCUUAUGAAUGUAAUCAAUGUAGUAAAGCCUUUGCAAGACCCAGUCAUCUCCAGUAUCACAAAAGAACACAUACUGGAGAGAAACCUUAUAAAUGUAAUCAAUGUGGUAAAGCCUUUGCACAGCGCAGUACUCUCCAAUAUCAUAAAAGAACACAUACUAGAGAGAAACCUUAUGAAUGUAAACAAUGUGGUAAAGCCUUUACAAGACCCAGUUAUCUCCAGUAUCAUAAAAGAACACACACCGGACAGAAAACUUAUUAAUGUAAUCAAUAUGGUAAAGCUACUGAUUUAUUUUAUCAUCUCCAAUAUCAUAAAAGAACACAUACUGGAGAGAAACCAUAUGAAUGUAAUCAAUGUGGUAAAGCCUUUGCAAGAUCCAGUCAUCUCCAAGAUCAUAAAAGAACACAUACUGGAGAGAAGCCAUAUGAAUGUAAUCAAUGUGGUAAAGCCUUUGCAAGAUCCAGUAAUCUCAAAUAUCAUAAAAGAACACAUACUGGAGAGAAACCAUAUGAAUGUAAUCAAUGUGUUAAAGCCUUUGCAAGACCCAAUCAACUCCAAAGACAUAAAAGAACACAUACUGGAGAGAAACCUCAUGAAUGUAAUCAAUGUGGUAAAGCCUUUGUAUGUCACAGUGUUCUCAAAAGACAUAAAAAAACACAUACUGGAGAGAAACGUUAUAAAUGUAAUCAAUGUGGUAAAGCAUUUGCAUGUCACAGUUAUCUCCAAUAUCAUAAAAGGACACAUACUGGAGAGAAACCUUAUGAAUGUAAUCAAUGUGGUAAAGCUUUUGCCCGUCACAGUGAUCUCCAAUAUCAUAAAAGAACACAUACUGGAGAGAAACCUUAUGAAUGUAACCAAUGUGGUAAAGCCUUUGCAAGACCCAGUCAUCUCCAAAGACAUAAAAGAACACAUACUGGAGAGAAACCUUAUGAAUGUAAUCAAUGUGGUAAAGCCUUUGCAAGACCCAGUCAUCUCCAAAGACAUAAAAGAACACAUACUGGAAAGAAACCUUAUUAAUGUAAUCAAUGUGGUAAAUCAUUCUCUCAAUCAAGUCAUCAGCAGUAUCAUAAAACAACACAUACUGGAGAGAAACCUGAUGAAUGUAAUCAAUGUGGUAAAGCCUUUGCACAGUGCAGUCAUCUCCAAUAUCAUAAAAGAACACAUACUGGAGAGAAACCUUAUGAAUGUAAUCAAUGUGGUAAAACCUUUGCAUGGCACAGUAAUCUACAAACACAUAAAAGAACACAUACUGGAGAGAAACCUUAUGAAUGUAAUCAAUGUGGUAAAGCCUUUGCACAGCACAGUGAUCUCCAAAGACAUAAAAGAACACAUACUGGAGAGAAACCUUAUGAGUGCCAUCAAUGUGGUAAAGCCUUUUCACAGCACAGUCAUCUCCAAUAUCAUAAAAGAACACAUACUGGAGAGAAACCUUAUGAAUGUAAUCAAUGUCGUAAAACCUUUGCAUGUCACAGUAAUCUACAAACACAUAAAAGAACACAUACUGGAGAGAAACCUUAUGAAUGUAAUCAAUGUGGUAAAGCCUUUGCCUAUCACAGUCAUCUCCAAAAUCAUAAAAGAACACAUACUGGAGAGAAACCAUAUGAAUGUAAACAAUGUGGUAAAACCUUUGCACAGCAUAUUCAUCUCCAAUAUCAUAAAAGGACACAUACCGGAGAGAAACCUUAUAAAUGUAAACAAUGUGGUAAAGCCUUUACAAGACCCAGUCAUCUCCAGUAUCACAAAAGUACACAUACGGGAGAGAAACCUUAUGAGUGCCGUCUAUGUGGUAAAGCCUUUGCACAGUGCAGUACUCUCCAAAGACAUAAAAGAACACAUACUGGAGAGAAACCUUAUGAAUGUAAACAAUGUGGUAAAGCCUUUACAAGACCCAGUCGUCUCCAGUAUCAUAAAAGAACACACACCGGACAGAAAACGUAUUAAUUGAAACCCUAUGAGUGUAAUAUAUGUGGUAAAGCCUUUAGAAGAUCAAGUCAUCUCCAAUAUCAUAAAACAACACAUACUGGAGUGAAACUCUAUGAGUGUAAUAUUUGUGGUAAAGCCUUUACAAGAUGCAGUAAUCUCCAAUAUCAUAAAACAACACACACUGGAGAGAAACUUUAUAAAUGUAAUCAAUGUGGUAAAGCCUUUGCAAGACCCAUUUAUCUCCAAAAACAUAAAAAGACACAUACUGGAGAGAAACCUUAUGAGUGUAAUCAAUGUGGCAAACCCUUUGCAGCUCACAGUUAUCUACAAAGACAUAAAAGAUCACAUACAGGGGAGAAACCUUAUGAAUGCAAUCAAUGUGGUAAAGCCUUUACAAGACCCAGUUAUCUCCAAAUACUUAAAAGAACACAUACUGGAGAGAAACCUUAUGAAUGCGGUGAAUGUGGUAAAGCCUUUGCACAGCGCAGUCAUCUCCAAAAUCAUAAAAGAACACAUACUGGAGAGAAACCUUAUGAAUGCAAUCAAUGUGGUAAAGCCUUUACAAGACCCAAUUAUCUCCAAAUACAUAAAAGAACACAUACUGGAGAGAAACCUUAUGAAUGCAAUCAAUGUGGUAAAGCCUUUGCACAUCACCGUACUCUCCAAAUACAUAAAAGAACACAUACCGGAGAGAAACCUUAUGAAUGCAAUCAAUGUGGUAAAGCCUUUGCACAUCACCGUACUCUCCAAAUACAUAAAAGAACACAUACCGGAGAGAAACCUUAUGAAUGCAAUCAAUGUGGUAAAGCCUUUGCACAGCGCAGUCAUCUCCAGUAUCAUAAAAGAACACACACCGGACAGAAAACUUAUUAAUGUAUUCAAUGUGGUAAAGUGUUUUCACCAGCGAGUUAUCUACAAAGACAUAAAAGAUCACAUACAGGGGAGAAACCUUAUAAAUGUAAUAAAUGUGGUAAAACUUUUGCACAUCACAAUACUUUCCAAUAUCAUAAAAGAACACAUACUGGAGAGAAACAUUUUGAAUGUAAUCAAUGUGGUAAAGCCUUUGCAUUUCAUAGUUAUCUCCAAAGACAUAAAAUGACACAUACUGGAGAGAAACCUUAUGAAUGUAAUCAAUGUGGUAAAGCCUUUGUACAGCGCAUUCAUCUCCAAAGACAUAAAAGAACACAUACUGGAGAGAAACCUUUUGAAUGUAAUCAAUGUGGUAAAGCCUUUGCACAACGCAGUAAUCUCCAAUAUCAUAAAAGAACCCAUACUGGAGAGAAACCUUAUGAAUGUAAACAAUGUGGUAAAGCCUUUGCAGGUCAUGGUCAUCUCCAAAUUCAUAAAAGAACACAUACUGGAGAGAAACCUUAUGAGUGUAAUCAAUGUUGUAAAGCCUUUACACAUCACAGUAAUCUCCAAUAUCAUAAAAGAACACAUACUGGAGAGAAACCUUAUGAAUGUAAACAAUGUGGUAAAGCCUUUGCAGGUCAUGGUCAUCUCCAAAUUCAUAAAAGAACACAUACUGGAGAGAAACCUUAUGAGUGUAAUCAAUGUUGUAAAGCCUUUACACAUCACAGUAAUCUACAAUAUCAUAAAAGAACACAUAGUGGAGAGAAACCAUUUGAAUGUAAACAAUGUGGCAAAGCCUUUGCAUGUCACAGUAAUCUCCAAUAUCAUAAAAGAACACAUACUGGAGAGAAACCUUAUGAAUGUAAACAAUGUGGUAAAGCCUUUGCAAGACCUAGUCAUCUCCAGUAUCAUAAAAGAACACACACCGGACAGAAAGCAUAUUAAUAGAAACCUUAUAAAUGUAAUCAAUGUGGUAAAGCCUUUGCAGUACCCAGUCAUCUCCAAUAUCAUAAAAGAACACAUACGGGAGAGAAACCUUAUGAAUGUAAUCAAUGUGGUAAAGCCUUUGCAUGUCACAGUGAUCUACAAAGACAUAAUAGAACACAUACUGGAGAGAAACCUUAUGAAUGUAAUCAAUGUGGUAAAGCCUUUGCACAGCACAGUCAUCUCCAAUAUCAUAAAAGAACACAUACUGGGGAGAAACCUUAUGAAUGUAAUCAAUGUCAUAAAGCCUUUGCAUGUCACCAUGAUCUACAAAGACAUAAAAGAACACACACUGGAGAGAAACCUUAUGAGUGCAAUCAAUGUGGUAAAGCCUUCACACAGCACAGUACUCUCCAAUAUCAUAAAAGAACACAUACUGGAGAGAAACCUUAUGAGUGCAAUCAAUGUGGUAAAGCUUUUGCCUAUCACAGUAAUCUCAAAUAUCAUAAAAGAACACACAGCGGACAGAAACCUUGUUAA